GGAAAUCUCCUAGGGUUCAAUAGCGCCUGUCUGCUUCCCCUUUCAAGCAUCGAUGUGAUCGUCGUUCGCAUUCAAACUCUGAUGACGAUGUGAAGUAUAUGGAUUCUUGUAUGUAUAUAUACCCCAUCAUUCAGUUUCCCAUCUCAUUCUCACUAUCACUCAUUCAUCCAACUACUACACUUUCCUUAACACCCCCACGUUCUUUACAAAAACAAAUCCACAAUUUUUUAUAUAAUUCUCUAAUUCUCCAAUCUCCAAUAUUAAUCCCUCAAAAUGCAAUACAGAGCCAGCCUCAUUGCCGUUCUCGGCCUCAGCGCAACCUCCUUUGCCGCACCCCAAGCAUCCAUCCCAGAGCUCGCAUCUGCUCCCUCCGUCCUCUCCGAGCUCCCCUCUACCCCAGUCUCCGCUCUCCCAAUUCCAAGAGAUGCCCAAAACCUCGCCUCGCCUUUCUCAGCCGUCGAGGGUGUCGUCGCAAAGGUCGGAGCCAAGAGACAAAUCGGAGGACUCAGUGGUAUCACUUCUGUCGCCGAUCCUGUCGUUUCGCCUGUAGCUGAUAUCCUUGCUGAUGUCGCUAUCAAGCGCAACGUCAUUCAAAUCACCGACGUUGUUACUUCCGUCAAAUCAGUCAGAACCACCGUCGUUUCUGACGUUUCUUCCAUCAAGACUCUCAUCACCUCUGUUGGUACCACUGCAGCCGGCCAACAAGGUCUUGCUGAGGAGAUCAUCAAGGAUUUGGGUGAAAUUGUUACCGCGCUCACUGGUGCCGUUGAUGGUGUUCUUGCCCAGACCUUGCCUACUGUGCUCGGCGUUGUUGUCAAUGAGGUCACUGAUGUUCUCGCUAUCUUGUCCGAUGUCGAGGUCAUUGUUUUCCAAAUCGUUCAAGUGCUUUCAGACCUUCUCGGUAGUCUUUUGGACUCCACCUUUGAACUCGUCACUGCUGAGGUAUCUGAAGUUUACAGCCUUCUCAACCCAGUCCUCACUCCAAUCCUCAGCUUUGUUGGUCUUGUCCAAGGCGAUGCCGGUGUGACCCAAGAGGUUUCUACUGCUGUCGGUGGUAUCUUGACCUCAGCCAACGGACUUUUGAGCGCAAAGGGCUUGAAGGAGAUCGAAUUGUAGAUUGUGAACUUCGAACAUAGAGGAGACGAAGAGUGGUACUGGAAGGGAAUGAUAGCUGAGGAUGUUGAAUUGGAUUGGAGACUUAUAUGUAAUUAUUUAUGAGAUUAGAUUUAAACUUAAAUAAAGUAAUACUUUUGGUAACA